ACUGUCACCAUGCUGCAGCUCCUGCUUCUCGCUGCCCUCACGCUGUGUGGUGAGUCCCUGUGCCAAGGGCUCAUUAGCUGCUAAUGAGCUCUCCAGUUUGGGGCUUUGGGGAGCAACGGGUGUGUGGCUGUCACUGUCCCUUUCCCACAGGAUCCCAUGCAGAGCCAGGCUCCGAUGGGAUGCAACGUGUGGUCGGGGGGACUGAGGCAAAAACACAUGCUUGGCCCUCACAGAUCUCCCUCCAGUAUUACUCCGGAGGCGGCUGGCACCACACCUGCGGAGGGUCCCUCAUCCAAAGGAACUGGGUGCUGACAGCAGCCCACUGCGUAGACAGCAACCGGAAUUUCCGCGUCGUCGCCGGCGACCACAACAUCUACAAGAGUGAGGGCACCGAGCAGACCUUCGCCGUCAGCAGCAUCCACAUCCACCCCAGAUGGAACAGCAACAACGUGGCCGCGGGCUACGACAUCGCGCUGCUCCGCCUGUCGGGUUCAGCCACGCUCAACAGCUACGUGCAGCUGGCGGUGCUGCCCAGCCAGGGCACAGUGCUGGCCAACAACUAUGCCUGCUACAUCAGCGGCUGGGGAAUGACCAGCACCAACGGGCAGCUGUCGAGCGUGCUGCUGCAGGCAUACCUGCCCGUCGUGAGCUACAGCACCUGCUCCAGCUACUCCUACUGGGGCUCCACUGUUAAGGACACCAUGAUCUGCGCUGGUGGGGAUGGUGUGCGCUCCGGCUGCCAGGGUGAUUCGGGAGGCCCCCUGCACUGCGCUGUCAAUGGGGUGUACCAAGUGCAUGGCGUCACCAGCUUCGUCUCCAGCUUGGGCUGCAACGUGCGCAACAAGCCCACCGUCUUCACCCGCGUCUCUGCCUACAUCUCCUGGAUAUCCAGCGUGAUCUCCUAGAACAAAGCAGCAGGAGGAGAAGAGCCCCAACCCCCACCCUGAAUGUGGACGUCAAGCAUUUCAGCUGGGGACAUUUACGUCUCAAAGCUGGCAUCAAUAAAUUGUGUUCUUCAGUGA